GGGAGUGCUGGAUCGGGCUUAGCGCUGUGUGGCACACCCUCUCCCCAGUCUAGGUAUAGGGCCUGUGAGAGCUGAGGCCCAGCCUUCCUGGGCCCUGGGAACCAGGCUGGAGUGGAGGUGCGACGGCUUCAGGGAGGGGUAAUACGUGCCAGUGGCUUCAGGAUGCAAAAUGGGCAUGACCUGACAUCUAGUCAUGGGGAAAGGACCCCAAAGUUCCACAUCACCCAUUCCAGUAAAGGGAGACCUAGGCUCUCGUGCGACCCCUAGUCCAGCCGUGGGGCCCCUGAGGCCCUCUCUUAGGGUCUGAUCUGGAUCCCGACCCUGCCUCUCCUGCUGUCCCUGGCAGAGAACACCUGUCUUUGGGUAUGAGGGUGGGAUGGUCAAGUGAAGUUUGUCCAGCCUGCAGGACAGUUAAGGGAGCCUGUAGCCCUCAUCUCCAUGUUCUGACUCUUUCACUUGGACCAUCCUUACUUCACCUGUGACCCUAGAAGCUCAGAGGAAGAGUCAACCCCUUGGGACAGGACACCUUACCCCCUCUCCACAUACCCUGUAUGGAUUGUGCCUGGGGGGGAGCCAAUGCAGGUGGAUCCCCAGAUGUGCCCGUUGGUUCCCUUGGGUGCUUCUGUUUGACGCUGAGUCAUGUCCCCCAAGCACACGCAGUCCUUGUAUCUCCCCUGGCAGCAGCUGCAACGGGCCCAGGGGGCUGUGACACCAUAUACCAGGGGUUUGCUGAGUGUCUCAUCCGCUUGGGGGACGGCAUGGGCCUUGGAGGCGAGCUGGACACUGUCUGCAGGUCUUGGAAUGACUUCCACGUCUGUGCCUCCCAAGUCCUGUUGCGCUGCCCAGAGGAGGCUGCUGCUGUGUGGGAGUCACUACAGCAAGAAGCUCGCCAGGCCCCGCACCCAGAUAACUUGCAUGUUCUCUGCGGCACCCCUGUGCGUAUCAGGGAGCAUGGCAUAGGCCCCGAGACCAACCAGGAGACGCUGCAGGCAAGAGCAUCUGCACCCACCCCAGCCCCAACGCCCCCACUGCUGGCGGCUGCUCUGGCGCUUGCCUGCCUUCUGGGGCCUCUGGCCUAGCCAGUCUGGUGGAGUAGCAGCACCCCUGCCUCCUACCCUGCUCUGGUAGCUGCUCUCGGGGCUCUACACAGUGCCCUUGGCUUUCAUUAAAGGUAUUUAUAUUUGUACUAAGCUCCUUUCUUUCUUCUGGCCAUUGCCAGCCCUGCUUUGUUGGGGCGGAGCCUCCAGAAGCUCAUCUCCGGGGAUGGAUGGGCAGGGCCCAUGGCCACCACAGGGGACUCAAUCUUUCUACUUAAAGAUAAUUAUUUCCCAGGGCUGGCUGUGC